AACCUUGGAUAGCUGCUUUGUUUUACGCCUGGGUUUUACAUCCUGAGCGUUCUACUUCGCUAUCGAGUAUAGCACCCAACGCAUGUUGGCUGCUCGCUUCGGACUGAGCAUGCUUGCAUAACUCACCGUCUUCUGUCUCGCCCGGGCCACCUACAACUCUCAGUAUCGUCUUCUUGUCUUCAACCAGCCUGGAGACAGUCGAACAGUCAUUGGCGAAAACCAGAACACACCGCUCAAAAUGGCCUCAUCCACCUCUUGCGCAUCGAAGACAACACAAAUCUCAUCUACCAACGCCGCCAGGAUCGUACGCUGUCCCACGGAAACUAUCGAGCGGCUGCGACACCUGAAUGAAGCAGAAAUCAUCACGCUCUUCACCCCAUUUGUACCUCAUCCCCCAUCGACAACACUGGCGAAGGACGUAGAUCCUUUCGAGCCUCUGGGCCGAGCCCUGCCACGACAAGUACGACACGUUCCAUACCGCUUCGACUACGGCAUGACAGAAAUGCAUGUCGACUUUCUGUCAGCCAGCGGAGCGGUAGUAAUUGUCAUCUGCGCCACUACCAACGUGAUCAACCACCAUGGACAGGCCUUUGAACGGCAACUAAAAUUCGCACUAGACACGUCGAAGAAGAUAGUACACAACAAUACUAUAGCCAAUAUUCCGACUAUCUUGCUUCUCGUUGAUGAUGACGCUACUGCCCAAGGAUAUGUCAAUGCGGUGGAUAGCUUUCCCGCUGUCGUUGCGGUCAGCGAUUAUACUACUGUGGCGCUCAUGAAUGCGGUACGCGUUCUGUUUGGCAACUGAACGGUAUCACUGCCCUGGCACUAUACCAAUCCACAGCCAACAUUUAUACUGCGACAACCGUGCAUACGUCCGCGUCUGAUUGAAAGAACACGAUCUGAGAGGGACAAUCCUUUUAUCUGGCGGGUGUUUACCUUCAGCUUCGCAAGAUACCAUGACU